AGGAGAUCGAGCUGAUCGUGGGAAAGCAGGUCCAGGUGGUUGGCUAUCCUGCUCAUGUCCGCUACAUUGGCGAAGCGCACUUUGCGCCGGGCGAGUGGAUUGGAGUAGAGCUGGAACCAGCUGUGGGAAAAAACGACGGCUCAGUGAUGGAACACCGGUACUUCACCUGUGCUCCCAAACAUGGCCUGUUUGUCCGUCGCGCAAUGGUGAAAUCAGCCCCAGCAGCGCCGGCAGAUACGGCAGGCAACCAAGCAUCAGCCCCCUGUGUGAAAUUCGCAGAGCCGGAGGACCUGGAGGACACCCUCGGCCAAGUGGCCGAGGACCACCUCGAAAGAGUUGGAUCCAGCGACGAUGAAGUCACAGAAGUUGAGGAGGUGAUGGUGCCAACAAAGUCCGUUCGCCGUGGUGGCGUUUCGGCAGAAGCCAUGCGCGACCAGGGUGAGCUUUGGCAGCCGCCCGCCCACGAGAAAAGUGCCGAGCAAAAGCAGCAACUGCGACGUGUGAUCGAAAGUUCGCAUGAUAGCAAGUUGCGGAUGAUGUUUGGGAAUCUUUCACCCAAGGGCUUGGAGAAGGUCGUUGAGGCCAUGUUUCAGAAAACUGUGCCCAAGGGAGAGACCAUCAUCAAAUACGGUGAUGAAGGUGACAACUUCUAUAUUGUCAAGAGCGGAAAGUUUGAUAUUUUCGCCUACCGUACCAUUCAGAAGGCAGACGACUUUGCGGAGGAAGGAGCCAAGACUAUGGUGAAGGUCUUCGAAGCAGGUGAAGGUUUCGCAUUUGGCGAAACCGCCUUGUUGUACAACGCCCCCAGAUCCGCCACUAUCACUGCCAGCCAGGAGGCUGAAGUGUGGUGCUUGGAGAGAAGAGCCUUCCGAGAGCUGGUGAUCAGGGCCUCCGAGCAAAAGUUCAAGGAGUACUCGGAAUUCCUGAAGCAGUGCGAUGUUUUCCAAGAGUUGGAUGUGGAGCAGAUAGCAACCCUGGCUGAGGUGGUAGAUGAAGAAGACUUCAACAGCGAAGAGGCCAUCAUUCAGCAAGGUGGGCGCGACAGCAACAUGUUCAUCAUCCUGAAAGGGCAGGCGAUGGCAUGCAUCAGUGGAGAGAAGGGAGAAGUUCAGGUGAAGACGUACGACACCGGUGACUUCUUUGGGGAGAUCGCGCUGCUAUUGGGAGAGCCUCGAAAGGUGACUCCCGAACUGUUCACUGCGGAGUUCUUUUCUGACAACCUUCCUGACUACAUGGAAGAAGAGCUCCAUGAGAUUUUCAGCGAGUUGAACGGCCAACAUUCACGUCAAGAAGCAGAGGACUUGCUUUGCAAGAUGACUGCAGGGAGUGCCGUGACCGCCUGCAAGGCAUGGUCUGCAACUGCCGAGUUGUGCCCAGAGGCGGUGGUGGACCAGGUAUUUGAUCCCUGGGAAAAGAUGCCUGGUUGGUCAGCUGAAGGUGUAAAUGCGUGCUCGUUCAAUGGAUGGAGUGGCCGUUACAAAAAAGAUGGCCAGCCAGUUUUGAUGGUCGACAUUGGCCUCAGCUCUACGACCAUCAAACUGAUGCAAGAUCCUGAAGGCUCAGAUAUGGAGCUCCUAAAAGAAAUGAGUGGAACGCAUCCAAAUGACGUAGUCCGGGACAAAUUCUGCAAAUUCCGUGAGGGAGCCUGGGAUUACUUUGCCUCAGACCGAGCAUGUCACCUGUGGACCCAUCACCGCCUAUGCCAUGGCGCUGAGGACAUGCCGGCCCCCAUACCGGACCCCUGGCAGCGUCUAGUGACAUCGCCGGGGGCGACAGACAGAAGCAAUGGCUGCGAGAACGGUCACUGGAUGGGGAUCUACACUAUGAAUUCAGCAACGGUGCUGAGUGUCGACGUGGGUCCAGCAACCAGUACCAUCGAAGUCUUUCCAGAAGCGACCAAUGUAGAUUUGCUCGACGCAGAAGACUUGGAUUUGCUGUGGAAGGCGAAUGGAACCAAAUUCAACGAUGAGCUUAUUGAGAUUCUGUGCGACAUCCGGCGCAGUAAUCCUUGGAAUGUUGAAAUCUCUGACAAGGCAUGUCACUUAUGGUCACAAACUCGCUGCAAGCAAUUGUGUUCAGAGCUGGACGUUGACUCAGUAUUGGGACCUUUGCGCGACUUCUUGAAACGAAACCUUGAGAAGUAUGCCAAGUACCAAGAUGCUAUUGCGCAAGGUGCAGAGAUUCGAGAAGUCACAGAUGAUGGCGACGAUUUCCACACCAGCAAGGAGACUCUGAGCCAUGAUGUUUGGGCUGAGACGGCGUUGAAUUGCAUGCUAUACACCAUCACCUACUGGAUGCCGCAGCCUGCAUCCAGGCUAGAGAAGAGUCGCCAAAAGGAGGACUGCCAGAAUCUGCCAGGGAUUGUCCAUGGCAAGCACGAUGAAGCCAGACCCACACGCAGAAGACUGCUCAGGAAAGCUGACCGUGCAAACACGGUCUACAAUGUGAAAAUUAAGAUGCCGGUGGAUUUGGACCUGGAAGAAGAGGAAGAGGCGGUCCUCCCAUACGCACCGUGCAUUUUUGAGGAGAGAAAUGUUGAGAAAUGA